ACUCUCUCAAAAGAGAGAGCUUUCGUCUCAUCUUCUCUGGAAAUCCUCAAACGACGAUUUCAAUCGUUUUUUCUUAAAAAAAAAAAUCCGAAAUUUCUCUUCUUUUUGUUUCUUCAAAUCCAACCCAAAUCUCGUUCAACCUCGCCGAAAUCGGGUUUCUUUCAAAUCUAUUCUUUUCAAAGAAAAAAAAGGGGAUUUCUUACCUCUGAAAAUCCGGCGCCAUCGACCGUGAUUGGCCCACCAAAUCCCUCCGAAAGCCUCUCCGACGGGCAGAUUUUGAGAAAAAAGAGUAAUCAGAAAUGAGCUUGGAAGCCAUGCAAGUUGCAAAGGUAUAUCGCCACCUUCUUAAAGCUGUUGUGAAACACAUAGGAAAAGAUGGAAGCAAAAGACAUUUCAAAGAUUUUGUAACUCAAGAAUUCCGGAACAGCGUUGAAUUGUCGGAUGCAGCUGCUCAACAGAAAAUAAAGCUUGCCCGCGAUUACACGUGUUUGCUGAACAGUGUGCAUCAUCACAAGGAAUUGCUGUUCUCUUACAACAUAGCGGUGGACAGAUCAGAUGAAGUGAAGAGGACACUAAAUAAAUCUGCGGCCAGCGUGGGACUUCAGCUUCCAGAAGUCUAUCAACCUUGACAGUGGCAGGCACUUCAUUUUUCGAUAUACUAUAGUCCCGGAAAUUGGGAUGCGUUUCACAUGGUAACUGUCCGUUUGGAUGCAUUGUUUUGUUUUCCUAGAGAAACAUGUUAUUUGCUCUCCUUUACUUUUUUCCUUUAAAAGAGAAUGUCUAAACUAGUUGUAGAUGAGAAAACCGUGCAACUAUUAGUGC